AUGCCACCACCCCCGACUGGAACAUUUAGACCUAGUACAGCCAACACCAGAUCUUCCUCAAGACUGGGAACCCAAGAGAUAAUAGCUACCAAGAAUGAGGUAUCGGACGCGGUAAGUGCUAAAGCUCAUUUAGAAAAGACGGCAAUGGCCAUUCUGGGCAAACCGUACACCUUUGACAACAUUUCAGACAUCCUAUUCCACAUCACUCAAAUGCCAGGGGUAACACUACCAGUCCAAACAGCCAUCAGGGCAAUAGCGUUCAUACUAGAAGAAGCAGCAGAAGUUGUAACGGCCAAUUCAGUGGCUAAACUGGUAAUCACGGCCAUCGCCCCCCACAUUGCAAAUAUCCAAGGAAUAUCGGAAUCCAUGACAUCUAUCGCAUCAAAAAUGGAAGGUUCCCAAGAGAAGAUCAAUGAAUCCAUCACCUCCAUCAGUGGCAACAACGUGGACGCCUUCAUAGGUACAGCUGCGCUCGACUCCCGCUUAGCCAAUGUUCAAGAGGCGGUCACCACCCUUACUACUCAAGUCAAGGAAGCGUCCCAACAACAAGGAAGCUACAAAACGGCAUUAUUAUCAGGACCUAAAGACAACCGUCUCGAUGCGCAAACCAUUCAAAGAACAGCACGUGAAGCGAUUAAGGCCCGUCAGAUACUGAUCAGCCUCCCUCCUGACAGUCCGCUAGGCCCUGGUAAACUAUCCCACAGCCAACUCGUAGAGAAAAUAAAAGAAGCACUGAAGACAAUCAGCAAGGAAGGAGCCCCGGAACUAACCAUUCGAACAGUAACUCAGUAUCGUAACGGAGGAACUGUCCUAGAAAUGCUAACCACCGAAGGCGCAACAUACAUCAAGAAACCGGACAUCAAAAAUGAAUUCAUCAAGAUCCUCGACCCCUCAGCUACGAUCAAAGACAGAAUCUACCCAGCAAUCAUCCAAUUUGUCCCACUAACCUUUAAUCCUAGCGACCCAGAGCACCUCCGUGAACUCGAAAUCGAAAACAAAUGGAAUGAAGGAGAACUAGUCUCUGCCAGAUGGAUCAAACCACCGGGAAAACGAGCCAGCAACCAGUGA